GUAGCCGCGGGUCUAACGGUGCUGUGAAGCGGCGGCCCGGGAGGCCGCAGGGCGGCAGGGCGAAGGGACUGGGUGGCCGACCCUCCCGGAUCCCCAUUCUCCCCGGGCUUGGCCGAGACACCCCACCCCCACCCAGGACCCCACCCUGGGGCUGUGCGGAUCCUGUUGGGCUACCACUGUCCACCUUACAACAUUUCGCCGUCGCCGUGACCUCGACUCCCUGUCGCCGUUCGGGCCCCGGGGACGCGGUCUCCCAGCCUGAGGGCCCGGAUCUGCCCCCACCCCAGGCUGCCUGAUUAGUACUUCUCCCACCCCAGUCUAAGGUCAACUUCCUGUGCUGGCUGGCCCCAAAGGAACGUGUGCAGGCAGGUGUGCCUGGCUGCAGCGUCUCUUUACAAAGCUGCUUGAAAGCCAAGAAACACCCUCCCAAGGGUUCAGACUGACCUAGGCCCCCGCCCCCCAGUAUCAGCGCUUGAGGUUUGGGGUGGGAAGUAGGUCCCUCUCUGUUUUACAGUUCACAGCCUACCCCUUCAAACAAUAAAUAAAAGUACUGAAGUCAUGCGCAAGGAUUGUGCUUGGAGAGCAUCCUCUGGGGGAGGGGAAGUGCCUCAGACACCUGAGGAUCCAAGAAUGUUUCCAAACAAAGAGCCCCAGGGCACUUUCUCUGGGGAAACCUUAAGACUGUAGAUCUGCUCCAUUAGAGCUGAGCAGAGCGGCAGCACAGACGGACCUCGAGGCCCCAGGGAUCUGUCUCAUCCCAGCUGAUCUUUUAAUGCUCCAGUGCCCUGGGGAGUUUACCUCUAGAAGACCUGAAAUGCUUCGAGGGAUGCUAGAUGUAACUCAUGAUUGACGGCAUGAUUUCUUUAAGGGAGUGUGGGGCAAUCUGAGGGCUCCCAGACAACGGCAUCUGUGCUGUACUGAGAUCUGCUACCCUAAGUCCAGUUAGGACAGCUCAGACUUCAAUGGCCGCUUGACAUACCUUCUUAGAUGGAACUUUAUCUUCCAGCGUCUCCAAACCUUGGACUCCUUGAUCUAGCUGUCUGGCCCCUGCUUUGCCUUAGAGAUGUUGCUUGUUAUUCAACAGCUUUUUUUUUUUUGAGAGUCUGGCUCUUUCAUUGGGGUUGAACUCCAAGACUAGAGUGAGAAAUUGGGUUUUGGAGUAGCCUGUCCACAGACCCUGAAAGUAGAGUCUCUAGUAGGCAGGGAGAUCAACCAUCCCCUGCACUGGAACACUGGCAGCUGGAUGAACAUGCCGGGGUGGACAUCAAGUCCACUUGAAAAGCUGUUACCUUUUUUGCUCCAUUUGUGCCUGCUGUUCUUCUUUUUGUCAUUCAUCUAGGGUUACUGCUCCCAGGAGUCCUUCCCUAACCAUACUUACUAGUAAGUAUGACCUGGGUAACACCGUAUACUCCCAGGAAACUUAAUGGUGGCUGUGUCUUGACUUCAGGACUGGGCUCUUUGAGGCUAGAGAGAUUUUCCUGUAUCCUGGGACUGGUCUAGAUAUUUGGCAUGGGGGGCAUGGGGGGGUGCAGUCGGCGGCACAGUAGUACAAGCAUGUGGACCUAGCUGCUCGGGAACCUGAGUGGGAGGAUCACUUGCACCAACCAGUUCAAGACCAGCCUGGUAACAUAGCGAGUUCCAUUUCAGAGACUAGACAAAAUGCAGAAUUUAGCUGAGCUCUUGACACACACUUGUAAUCCUAGCACUUAGGAGGCUACUGCACAGUUACCAAUUUGAGGCCCGUUUGGACUAUAUAGCAAGCUCCAGAACAGCCAGAGCUACAUAGACCUUAUGUCCCCAACAACAGAAUAUGGUAGUGCUUGCCUGUAAUCCCAGCACUUGAAAGCUAGUGGCAGAGGGAUCAUGGUUCAAGGGCAGGCUGGCCUAUGUGAGACCUUGUCUUAAAGCAAGAAAAGAAAAAUGCCAUUGAAUUAAAAUGAGCCAGAUUUAAAUCUUCCCAGAAGCCCAGCAGUAGGUUUGAUGGCUCUUAGGUGCUUCUGAGCAUGUAUCCUUAAGAAACACACCAACACAGAGGGUCAAGUGACCCUAGAGAAUGAUUUAUCCCGGCCAGGCCCUUCUAUCGUAGAGUGGGAGCCGUGCUUGACUUGCCAGCCUGUUCUAGCUCCAUACCUUGGUACCAUUCUUUUUUUUGUUUUUUGUUUUUGUUUUUCGAGACAGGGUUUCUCUGUGUAGCUUUGCACCUUUCCUGGAACUCACUCUGUAGCCCAGGCUGGCCUUGAACUCACAGAGAUCCGCCUGGCUCUGCCUCCCGAGUGCUGGGAUUAAAGGUGUGCGCCACCACUGCCCGGCUCCUUGGUACCAUUCUUAUCGAUUCUUUUCUUUUUGCUUUGGAGGUGCCAAGUACUGGUUUGUGGAUGCGCAGGCAGAUCCGCAGUGCCUGAUGCCAUGAGCAUGGUAGUGCAGCAUGUGGAGGAGAAAGCUGUGCACUCGUGGUCACGCAUCUCCACGGCAGGGAAGAAAGCCCUGGAAGAGGCGCUGCUGGUUUUUAACCCCAUGAGCCAGGACCUCAGUGCCACCGAGGCCCAGCUUGUGGCUUUCCUACAGGGCCUGCGAGAUGAUGGCUUCCAGCCCACCAUUCUGCGAAGUGGUGAUGUCUAUGGCUAUAGCUCGUGCACAGCCAACCCCCCCAGCCAGACAAAGCUACAAGCUCGCACCACCAACCCAUCUGCCACAUCCCUUCCAGCCAGGGCUCCCCAAACUGCUGUGUCCUUACCUGCAAGAAAGGACACACUGCUCCCUGUGCCACUGUCUGGCAGGCUGGCUAAGGGAUCCACACCAGCCCUUGCCAAGCAUGCGACCACUAACCUGCUACUGAGCUCCCUGAAGGAGUCAAAUGCCAGCCACACCAGUGGUACAACAGUAGGCUUCCCUGCCCACCUCUAUCCAGGGGUCUACCCUGCCAUGCGGCUCUCUGUGGUCCUUGAAGCACUGGUUCCACUCAAGACUCCUUGCUUGGGUGCUAAGCACGGGGCACAGUCACUGCAGCUGUCCCUUGCAAACUCUUCCCUGAAACUGAGGAAAGGUUCCGGGAACCUACAGUCCAAAGCAUCCAGAAAAAUCACAAGCAAGGGCCUCAAAUGCCUGAGUAGGAAAGGUCCUGGGGCUGACCGACGAGGUACUGGGACCCAGAGCAGUGGCAUACGCAUGAAAGGGUGUUCUUCCCUGGGCACCAAAACAGUCCAGACCAAGGCAUCUCGAACACAGACCAAAGCUGCUCAUGCCCAUGCCAGUCGAGCUCGAACCCAGAACAAGACAGUAAGGGUGAGGGCCAAGGCAACAAAGGCCAAGCCCAGGGCAGCCGGAGCCAAAGCCAAGAACAAGGCCACUGUAGUGAGGGACAAGGCUAAAACCAAGGCAGUCAAGGCCAAGGCCAAAGCGUCUCGGACCAAGCACAGGGGAAGGCCAAAGGGAUCUGUUAAGACCAGAACUGGAAGGGCAAGCCUGAAGAGCCGCUCUGAGACUGUGGGGAAGAAGAGGAAGAAGGCUGAGGAGACAAAGGGCCUUCCUCCUAAGAAGAGGGCACGGCUUGUGCUCCGAUCCCCUAAGGCGUGGCUGGGACCUGGAACAAAACCUUGCAAGUCCCAGACUAUAAAGGUAGACAGGAAAUCUUCAGAUGAUGAGGUCCGACAGUGGGCCCAGCAGAUCCUCCGUGUGAACCUCUCCCCAGUAGUGUGGCUCCAACCACUGCUGCCAUCUUGACUCCAUACUCAGCAUCCCGAGUCAUCCUUGCAUCACGGCUUGGGAAAACAUCUGAGCUCUCCGUGUGACCAGCAGCACAGUGUGCCGUGCUCGUGGACUCUGCAGCUUUCCAGACUCUGGGUACCUCCAGGUACCUCAGGACUCUGGGUCACCAACCUCCUUUCAGAAACUGAGGAUUUGGCAUGGGGUGGGGAGCGGGAGGGGUGUUCUCAUGGCUCAAUGCACUGUGACUUGUUCUUUAAGUUGUACGUCUGAUGUUCCAUCUAUCAUGUUUUAUACCUUUCCACCUUGCGGUCUCCCUGCUCACCCUCCAUGGUCUUAUUUAUUGAAUGAUUUUGGUGUGUGGGGGCUGCUGCAGGAGUCUGCUCGAAGUAGCCCUGGUAGCUUGAGCAGGUCAUCAGUGUGAAUGAUAGGGUGAUAUUAUGGAAGGGCAAAGCUCCCAGGCUUCUGAAGAGAUCGGGGAAAUUCAGGUGCUGGCUUCUGUAGAUGUGUGAGGGAGAUCCUGAGGAGGGGCAGAGCCGCUAUAAAGUAGGGCACCUCACCUCGAGUGUCCCAGUUCUGAACCAGAGGGCCCCAUUCAAGAUUGUGAGUCACUCUGGGAAAUCCUGCAGCUCACAGGUUUUUAGGCCAGGGAAAGAAGCCUUUGUGGUACUGCUCUCUAGGGGCCAAGCUUUAAGGCUUUGCCUGGGCUUGUCUAGUGGGAGGGAACAGGCUGAAAAGGCUUGAAGUGCUGCUUCUCUGCUGAAAGUGACUAGCCUCAAUUUUCCCGAGAGGCUGGGCUUUGAAUCUGGACCACAAAACCUGCCCUUACUAUCCAAAGAAUUUUCUCUCUGGUGGAUCUAGGAAGACUUCUACCUGUACUCAGCAGCACUUUCUGACUGGAUUCCACAUGCUCCAUCUUACUCGGGUCCAGCCUCACUGUGACUCCUCACAUGACCUGUGUGCUUUGGACAUUGUUGGUACCUUCUGCUUUGGAGAAGAGCUGGGUCCUGAGUGGAAGCAGCUGCUGUGCCCAUCUGUAGUUCACUGGUAGCCACUCAGGCUGGAAGGCAGUGGCUAGGAGGUGGGGACCUGCAGCCCCUGCACUUGGGGAUUUGAGUGUGAGUUUGAGUCAGCGUCAACUACAUACUGAGGAAACACCACCACCACCUCUCUCUCUCUCUCUCUCUCUCGUGUGUGUGUGUGUGUGUGUGUGUGUGUGUGUGUGUGUGUGUGUGUGUGUUUGUUUUUUGAGACAGGGUUUCUCUGUAUAGCCCUGGCUGUCCUAGAACUAACUCCUUUUGUAGAUCAUUAUCAUGCUGGCCUCAAACUCAGAGGUCCACCUGCUGGGAAUAAAGGUGUGUGCCACCAGACCAAGCCAGGGGACUAGAGGAGAGAUGGCUUAGUGAUUAAGAGGAUUUAAUUGCUCUGCCAGAGGACCAAGUUUGGUUCCCACAACAAGGCAGCUCACAAACACUUGUGUUCAGCUCCCAGGGACCCCACACUCUUUUCUUGCUUCCACAGUCACAGGCAGAAAGACACACAAUCUUUUAUUUUUUUUAACGGCACAACUGGAUAAAGCAUCAUUUUUCUUGGGAAAAGGCUAUCUCGAGUAUCUUGAACUUCAGUGAUGUUGAUAAGCAAAGGAAUGGUGUGAAAUCCCUUAAAUAAAAACUUACUGGCUGGGCUCGAGAGAUGCCUCAGAGGUUAAGAGCACUGGUUGCUCUUUCAUAAAACCCAGGUUCAGUUCCCAGGGCCUACCUGGCAGCUCACAGCUGUCUUAAUUCCAGUUCCAGGGGACCUGACACCCUCUGGUUUCACUGGGCACUAGACAGACACAAGGGCAGACAUGCAUUCAGGUAAAACACCUAUACACAUAGAAAUAAGUAAGAAAAUAAACGUAUUGUCUUUACAACAACAAGAACGAUGUUAAUAACAGAGCGAGCCAGGGCCGAGAGACGGCGUAGUUGGUGAAGCGCUUUCUGUGCAUGCGGGAGGGCGUAAGUUCAGAUCCCGAGAACUCCAGUAAAAGCCGGAUGUGUGCCUGAACACCGGCAAUGAGUCGGGGCAGAGCCAGCCAGUGUGGCCAAAAUGACAAAAUCUAGAGUCAAUGAAAGACCAGAUCUCAAAAAAUAAGAUGGAGGCCGGGCGGUGGUGGCGCACACCUUUAAUCCCAGCACUCGGGAGGCGGAGGCAGAGGCAGGUGGAUCUCUGUGAGUUCGAGGCCAGCCUGGUCUACAGAGAGAUCCAGGACAGGUGCUAAAAAACUACACAGAGAAACCCUGUCUUGGGGGAGGAAAAAAAAGGUGGAGGCUAAAGAGGCGGCUCAGAGGUUAAGAGCGCGUACUGUUCUCACACACAGCUCCAGGGCCAACCUGGUCUACUUAGCCGGUUCCAGGAUAGUCAGGGCUAUGUAGAGAGACUGUUGAAAGAAGUCUCUGUCUCUGUCUUGAAGACAGGGUCUUACUAUAGCUUUGAGGGACUUGGCACUUGCUAAGUAGACCAGACUAGUCUUGAGCUCCUAGAGAUCACCUGCCUCAGCCUCCUGAGUGCUGGGAUUAAAGGCAUGCGCCACCAUGCCCAAAAUAAUUUUUUUGUUUGUUUUUUUUUUUUUUUUUUGAGACAGUGUUUCUCUGUGUAGCCAUGUCUGUCCUGGAACUCACUCUGUAGACCAGGCUGGCCUUGAACUCAGAGAUCUGUCUCCUGAGUGCCAGGAUUAAAGGCAUGCACCACUGCCCAGCAUAAAAUAAUAAACAUAAGAUUGGGAACUAGAGAGAUGGCUCAGUUGUUAAGAGCACUGGUUGCUGUUGUUAAGGACCAGGGUUAGGUUCCCAGCAUCCACAGGAUAGCUCACAACCACCUGUGACUCCAGUUUGAGUGGAUUUUUGCCCUCUUCUGGCAUCCAAGGGCACUGCAUGGGCAUGGUAUGCAGCCAUACAUGCAGGCAAAAUAAAAAUAUAUAAAUCUUCCAGGACAGGCUCCAAAGCUACAAAGAGAAACCCUGUCUCGAAACAAACAUAUAUAUCUUAAAAAAAAAAAAAAAAGAUGGAGAAGCAAUUGAGGAAGGCAUCCUAUCAACUCUUCAUGUGCACCUGCAUAGGCAAGAAUGCCUGUAUCACACACAUACACACACACACACACACACACACACACACACACACACGACCAAGCCAGAAAGAAGGGAGGAGGGAGAAAGAAGGCAUCCCGAGUCACGUGUAUUGAUUCAUGCAUGUAAUCCCAGAACUAGGGAGGCUGAAGCAAGAGAACCUCAAGUUUGAAACUAGCCUGGGCUACACAAGACUCUUGUGUCAGAAAAGAAAAACCGUAAAAGGGGUGGGGAUGGGGGGAGGGAAGGCAUCCUUGGGACCAAGUGAUCAUGAUACCCUUACCUGCCUUUCCACGCAUCAAGUGGAGUGAUGGUUCUACCCAGCUCCUUCUGCUUUGAACCAGGAAGAAGCCACUCAAGACAUUGAUGGUUUAGAGAAUAAAGGGAGUACAGUGGCCUAUGCAGACCCCCAUCUUUCUGGAUUCUGUGAAGUUCUUGGUGCUCUACUCUACCUUUGGUGGAAACAAAUUAUGGUAGGACAGGAUUUAUGCAGUGAAGCUGCCAGUUAUUCAGGAGAGCACAGAUCUAGAACUGCACCAAGAGGAUUGACACCCAGCAGUGGAGAAUAGGAAGAAUAGUAUGUGGAAAAGGUGAAAAGUGAGACUAGGGUGGGACUGGAGUUUACAAGAACAGAAGACAUGAGCCAUGGGAAAGAUUUGAGCAGGAAAGUGGGUUGUUUGGAAGGAAAGCCUAGUGGAGGCUGCUUAAAUGGUUCUGAGUGAGAGUUGGACUGUCUGGAAUAAACUUGGACCUUUGGGGAGAGAGCAGGGAAAGAUUCAGAAGAUAUUAGGAAACAGAAAGGGGGCACGAGUGAGGAGGGGUGGCAGGUGUGGAUGAGUGAGGGUGGGCUUACUGAUCCCACCAGCGCUGUUUGCCCUCCUGCUAAAUGAUGCUCCUGCUGCUGAUAAAGGUGCCACCUGAGCUGAAGUCUUAGAUGCUGGGGCCACACAACACACAUUUGCAGGAGUUCCCAGCAGAUUUCCUGGAAACAAUGAAGAAAGGCUUACCCCAACACUGUGGCUGAGACUCAAUCCUGGGGGCCACCCCUAUGGCUCACUGACCACUAAGUGUGUCUUGAGUGGACAGUGCCCCCACUGUCCCCAAAUCAUUGAUCAAUACCUACGACCACCAUGCCUGGAAUGGAUGCUUUUUGAACUAGUAUCUGCAGUGAUAAGUUUCUAGGGCCAGUAGGUUUGAGGUUGAGGGCCAACCAUCUCCUUUAUCUGAAUGAUUUAAUUUUCCUAUCACUCUGCCCAGGGUGCCACACUGUAUUGUGUAGCAAUUUUCACUGAGAUAAAAUCAUCCAUUUUGGAGGGAAGCUCCCUAAGACACUGGAUGUUCUAAACUUUAGAAUCUAAAGGGAGACAGAAACAUUCCAUUCUUCAGGGAGGCUCCUUAAGACACAGGAUGUUCUAAGGGGAAGUGAAACAUUCCAUGCUUCAGGGAGGCUCCACAAAAUACUCUGCGGGCGUGGUGGUGGCACGUGCUGUUAAUCCCAGCAGAGGCAAGUGGAUCUCUGAGUUUGAGGCCAGCCUGGUCUACACAGUGAGUUCCAGGACAGCUAGAACUGUUACACCCAGAAACCUUGUCUCGACAAAAAAGAUACAAGGUAUUCUAAGGGAAAGUGAAACAUUCCAUUCUGCAGGGAAGCUCAUUAAGCUCAGGAAUUCAGGAUGUCCUUGAAACUGAUAAGCUUCACUAGGCCCCUCCCUUCCUAAAGGUAUAUAAGUAGUAAAGAAGCUUAGAGACACUCCCAGACAAGUUAAGCUGACCAACUAGGCUCACACUAGCUAGGCUGUCCGGAAGAACUAGAUCUGCCAAGCCACCUAGAAGUAGCAGAGAUAAGAAAGCUGCCUGGAGAGGUUAGACCGGCUGAUUUCCAGCCUGCUGGGCAGCCUGCAGGCUGGGCUUUGUGCUCCAGGUUUCCAGCUUUCAUGCUCUGUCACCGAUGCUGGGAUAGGCUUUGGUGAUACAGUUGUCUUUGGGUCAUUUCUGCUCCUGUAAGUAACCCCAAUAAAACUCAUUGGUUCUCCAAGUUGGA